AUGGCUUCCGCUAUGCGCCUGAGCUCAAGUGCUUUCCGCACUUCCCUCCGGGCGUCUUCCGCUUUCGGCGCCCGCUCCACGGCCUUCAACGCCGCUCGCUGCUACUCCGCCAAGGCCCAGACCCUGAAGGAGCGCUUUGCCGAGCUGCUACCCGGCAAGAUCGAGGAGAUCAAGGCCCUCCGCAAGGAGAGCGGCUCCAAGGUCAUCGACCAGGUCACCCUCGACCAGGUCUAUGGCGGUGCCCGCGGCAUCAAGGCCCUCGUCUGGGAGGGCUCCGUCCUGGACGCCCAGGAGGGUAUCCGCUUCCGCGGCAAGACCAUCCCCGAGUGCCGUGAGGUCCUCCCCAAGGCCCCCGGUGGCACCGAGCCCCUGCCUGAGGGUCUCUUCUGGCUGCUGCUGACCGGCGAGGUCCCGACCGAGCAGCAGGUGCGCGACCUGUCGGCCGAGUGGGCUGCCCGCUCGGAUGUGCCCAAGUUCGUCGAGGAGCUGAUCGACCGCUGCCCCACGGACCUGCACCCCAUGGCCCAGCUGUCGCUGGCCGUCACCGCCCUCGAGCAGACGUCGUCGUUCGCCAAGGCCUACGCCAAGGGCAUCAACAAGAAGGAGUACUGGGGCUACACCUACGAGGACUCGAUGGACCUGAUUGCCAAGCUGCCCACCAUUGCCGCCCGCAUCUACCAGAACGUCUUCAAGGGCGCCAAGGUUGCCGCUGUUGAGAAGGACAAGGACUACGGCUACAACUUUGCCAACCAGCUCGGCUUCGGCGGCAACGCCGACUUUGUCGAGAUGCUGCGCCUGUACCUGACCAUCCACUCCGACCACGAGGGCGGCAACGUCUCGGCCCACACCACCCACCUGGUCGGCAGCGCCCUGAGCUCGCCCUUUUUGUCCCUGGCCGCCGGCCUCAACGGCCUGGCCGGUCCCCUGCACGGCCUGGCCAACCAGGAGGUGCUGAACUGGCUGCAGGAGAUGCAGAAGUCGAUUGGCGGCGACAUCAGCGACGCCAAGAUCACCGAGUACCUGUGGUCGACGCUCAACAGCGGCCGCGUCGUGCCUGGCUACGGCCACGCCGUCCUGCGCAAGACGGACCCCCGCUACACCGCCCAGCGCGAGUUCGCCCUGGCCAAGAUGCCCGAGGACCCCUUGUUCAAGCUGGUCAGCCAGGUCUACAAGAUCGCCCCCGGCGUCCUGACCGAGCACGGCAAGACCAAGAACCCCUACCCCAACGUCGACGCCCACUCGGGUGUUCUGCUGCAGUACUACGGCCUGACCGAGUCGAGCUACUACACCGUCCUGUUCGGUGUGUCUCGCGCCCUGGGCGUGCUGCCCCAGCUGAUCAUCGACCGCGCCGUCGGUGCCCCCAUUGAGCGCCCCAAGUCCUUCUCCACCGAGAAGUACAUUGAGCUCGUCAAGAAGCUGUAG